UGCUAUGGACACAGUGUGAACCAUGAUUCGGGUCCGCAUUGUCACAACACGUGGGGAUCUUACAGAUGUACUUGUCAACAUGGAUAUGAACUCACGGAAAAUGGCAAUACUUAUACUUGCAUCGAUAUUGAAGAAUGUAUGGAGUCUUAUACGCCUUGCUAUGGAUAUUCUCGCAGUGUUAAUGAGCCAUACUGUAUAAACACAGCUGGAAGCUAUCAGUGUGUUUGUCGAGAAGGCUAUGAGAUUAUCGGCAAUGGAACCUUACUUCAAUGCCGGGAUAUUGAUGAAUGCUCUCUUACACCUCACCAUUGCCCUGCGAACUCUGCGCAAAGUCCAGAAAAUUGUGUGAACAGUAUGGGGUCCUACUCGUGCGAUUGCUUCGAGGGAUUCACUAUCCGAGAUAAUGGCCUGAUAUGUGCAGCUUCCAGUCCACCACAAUCUCCUUCAACUACGUUUCAACACGCAAAUACUGCACCUGCUACCACCAGCUCUGAGGUCCGUGAACAAUUCACACCACACCCGUCAUUACCACCCACAGAAUACGCCAGUCAUCGCGCCACACAACUGAUCACUUCUAGCGCACCACUCAAUGUCACAUCGCCUAUCGCCAUACCGGCUACAACACAGUCGGACACAAUGAUGCCAGGCUCAAACACAUCCAGCAGCUCUGUUACUAUACUAGUGUCGUUAUUAGUCAUUGGCCUUAUGCUCAUGACUCUGCUGCUUGCUGUGGCAUUCUGGAAACGACGACAGAUAGCCAAAUUCUUCCACAAAGAUGAAAUCACCACACGCCAAGCAACAUGGGAAGGACAGAUGGCGAUGAGUGCUACAUUUCGUGCUGACCGUGAGGAGAUGCAGUUAUCCCACCAGCCUUCCACUAAUGAAUAUGCUGUGGCUGUGGUUGGUGCACCACACGAGUAUGCUACUGUUCCUGAAAGAGACGGGCAUAGUGGAGAGCAUAUGUAUAGCGAAGCUACAGCCCCUUCCAACAUACCAAUAGUACGCUCCGGGCACCGUAUUCCGCCGGAUACUACAGACGCAUCGAUUUUUAGUGCAGCGACAAGCCGUGUUGGUGAAGAUCCAGAUGCGGAACGAUAUACUCAGCCUGAUAUCCAACGCAGCGUGGUGAAUUCCGCAAACCUUCAAAGCCAAUAUACAUACAUAGAGAGUUCUUCUCGUGUACUAUCGGCUACGUGCCCUCGUGUACAUGAUACUCCAGGUCCAGCACCACCUUCACUGCCAAACGACACCUACUCUGUGCCACAUUCCCAGCCUGUCAGUAUCCAUCCAUCUUCACGGAGAGUAACGACGCCAUCAGACUAUCUUGAGCCUUCUGAUUGCUAAUUUCCAAUACUGCAGCCUCAUCCGAAGCCAAGGUUCACAACGGGGCACCAACACCGUAACCAGCCAAACACAUAUCGGUACAUGUAUUAUACAUGUACAUAUACAUAUACAUAAUGUAUGUACAUAAUGUAUAUACAUAAUAUACUGUAAACAAUACAUGUAUACUGUACGUACUGCAUGUUGUUUGCUGUAUGACUUGAGUGUUUUCGUGUUUUCACAUUUCCACGCUGUACAAGACCUCUCAAUGACCUUGUGUUAUGUUAAAAUUAUGGGCACGAGUACGAAGCAAAUACCAGUGGCCACAUAAUAAUGUGUAUGAUGGAAUCAAUCCAAAAUUGCAUAACAGUGAUUUGCGAGCGUUUAAUCUUUCUGUGCCAGGAUUGCUUCCCAUACGUUUCCACUUCAUCCCCCUACACAUUUUGGUAUUAGUACUUUCACGUUCCUCGCCACUGCUACUACUUUGAUUUUGUAUCUCUUACUUAGUUUAACGUUACUUGUUCUACUGUAGGUUUAAACUGGCCUUCAUUUCAUUAAUUUUUUUAAUGUGAUUCAUGAUUGGUCCUAAAAAGGCAAACACCAAUA